UUGGUUGUCAUCAAGUCACGUGAACACCCUAAGCUCCCACUCUUUCAUUUUUCCCCAUCUUUAAAUUAAAACACUCGGUUUUCUCGAUUCUUACACACAGAAUCGAUUCAAUCCAAUCCAAUUAUCAGUAUUGUGUCAUAACCUCAAAGAUUUUGUUGAAGUACUCCUUUGAUCAAAAAAAAAAAAAAGAUAGCGAGGCCCCUUAAAAGUAUUUUCAAAAUGAGUUUCGACUCUUUCCCUAAACCAAACCCUAAUUUUUCUCAAAAUGAUCGCGCACCCUCUUCCUUUUCUUUCCACGGCUUCUUCCAAGAACACGCCGGAUGUUACGAUCAUCCACGAUUUUUUCAUCCUCCGGAUGAUGAAUCGAGCACGCGCAAGAUCCAAAACAAGAUCGACAACAGCCUCAAAAUAACUCUUUGGAAGAAAGAGGAUCAAGAUGAGCAAGAUCGAACUUUAUCUGAAAAAAAAAACCCCGGCGAUUGGAUUCCCUCGAAGAUCAAGAACCCUACGGAUUGGGUAGCCGUAAAGAUCAUCGCCAACGAUCAAAAUUCAUCGCUGUGUUCGGAAACCGAGGCAUUCGGCUGCGGCCACCACUCUUCUUCUAACAACAGCCCAAUUAGGGUUUGCAGUGAUUGCAACACUACAAAGACACCUCUUUGGAGGAGUGGUCCUAAAGGCCCUAAGUCACUUUGCAAUGCUUGUGGGAUCCGACAACGCAAGGCUCGACAGGCCAUGGCAGCUGGAGCUCCGGCGACGAAUUCAAAACUUCAGCAACACAAAGAGAAGACAGGAAGAACCGGGCAUCGGCAUUCUUUGCCGGUGAAGAAACGUUGUAGAACGAGCUCGGGUGUCGAUUCGGGCAAGAAUUGUAAGAAAAAGACAUGUUUUGAGGAUUUAUUGAUAAAUCUGAAGAAGAAAUUAGGGAUUCACAGAGUGUUUCCAGAGGAGGAGAAGGAUGCAGCCAUACUGCUUAUGGCUUUAUCUUAUGGCUAGUUCUUGAUCGAUGAGUUUUUUUUUUUUUUUUUAUUUAGAGUGAAUUAAUUUCAAUCCUUGAUUUUUAUUUUAA